AUGGCUGGAUUGUGGCAGCAGCUCGGCUCCUGGCGGCAGGGUCGAGCUCUGGUUCUCCUCCACCUCGUUGGGAUUCUCUACCCAGCCUUGGGCACUCUUCCCUGGGAUACCAAAGCCAACACACCCCCUCUGGAGGGGUUUCAGGUGGUGAAGGGGAAUUUCUCAAAGACUUUCCUGCGCAUUGGCUACCAUAAGAUUGCAGAGAUUCCUGCAGGAGCAUGCAACAUCAGCAUACGGGAGACAAUAAAGAGCCGAAACUACCUGGCUCUGCAGACCAAAAGUCGUGUCUCCAUCAUCAAUGGUAACUGGGUGAUCGACAGGCCGGGGAUCUUCACUGCUGUGGGAACACAGCUGAAGUACCAACGACCCAACGAAAUACGCUCUCGCAAUGGGGAGUCCAUCACAGCGCCCGGGCCGCUGACUGAGGACCUGCAUGUUUACUUGAUCUACCAGCAACCAGGUCCCAGCGUAUACUAUGAAUACACUGUCCCUGUACAAAGCACACACCCCACUCCUGAGCCUGGUACACCUUCUGAUAUUCUGCCCCUGGCUGAGACAGUUGGCCCAUCCCACUCAGGUGAGAAGGACCGCCAAGGUGACGUCACCAACAAUGACAUCAUCAAAGAGAAACUCCACCCUAACCAGGUUCCCUCUGAGUCCGACCCUCAGUCCAGCUACACCUGGACAAAGAGGGGGCACUCAGAAUGCAGCACGACCUGCAGCACUGGCAAGCGUCAGGUAUUCUGGGAGUGUGUUGAGAAAGAUUUCCAGGCGACUGUUCCUGCUGACCUAUGUGACCCCGCCCUUAAACCAACAAACCGCGAAGAAGACUGCAACACUCAGUCCUGUCCAGCAUACUGGGACGUGGGGGAGUGGUCAGAGUGCAGCAGGAGGUGUGGACCAGGCAGUCAGCAUCGCCAGGUCAUCUGCCGCCAGGUCACUAAUGUUUACACUAAUGGGACGGAGACCUCGGUUACUAUGGCACAAGAGCUGUGUGGGUCAUCUGAUAAGCCGGUGACCAAAGCAGUAUGUCAGCUGAAGAUUUGCAGCCAGUGGGAGAUACGAUCUGAGUGGAGCCCAUGUUCAGUGCCAUGUGGAGUGGGCCAGCGCAGCAGGGAGGUGGUGUGUGUGAGCAACCAGGGUGAUGUGGAGGAGGAUGAGGAGUGCAACAUGAACCUAAAGCCAGAUACACUACAGAACUGUGACAUGGGAGCCUGUGCAAGCAGCUGGUUCACUUCUGCCUGGAGCCAAUGGUGCUCUGCAGAUUGUGGUCAAGGCAAUCGAACCCGGAUGGCAGUGUGCCUGAUAGAUCAUGUGAGCGAUCUCCCAUUAGACAGCUGCGAAGGAGAACGCCCACCAGAAGUGACAUCAUGUGACUCUGGCCCCUGUCAGAACCGCCUGGAGUGGUAUACAGGACCCUGGAGUCAGUGUUCUGCAGAGUGCGGAAAUGGCACACAGGCCCGGAGUGUGGCUUGUAUUUUCAACAACAAUGGUCUGAUGGAAGUUGUGGACCAGAUAAAAUGUUCCAGCGUCCCUCAGCCAAUCACUGCUCAGCCCUGCAGACUGAAGCCAUGUGGUGUCCAGUGGUAUGUCACAGAGUGGAGUGCAUGCUCGCGUGUCUGCGGCGGUGGCUACCGUGUGCGUGAGGUGCGUUGUCUUGCUGACAACAUUACCCCAAGCGACCGCUGUGACCCCAGUUUGACCCCCGAGAGCCGAGAAGAAUGCAACAGACAACCAUGUGUAGCAGAAACAAAUCCGUCGUGCAGGGAUCAGUAUCAUAACUGUAUGGUGGUGGUUCAAGCCCGACUCUGUGUUUAUCCUUACUACAGAGGUGUCUGCUGCUCCUCCUGCUCCCGUGCGCAGAAAACAUACCCCGACUUAUUUCAAAAGAACCACAUCCACAGGUGAUGCUGCCACAGGACGGUUAAAUUCUCUUCACCCAGCACCUCAGUAUGUGGGAAUGUAGAGCAUGGUUUAAUAAUAAUUAUAAUAAUAAUAAACUUUAUUUAUGUAGCACAAUUAAUGCAUAAAAUGCAACGCAAAGGGCAUAACACAAAGUUGAUAAUUACAUAAUAACAUAUAAAUAAAAAUAACAUUCAGUCACUAAGCCUGUAACAGACUAACUGAUGAGGUUAUCAGCUGCUUUUUUUCUGUUUUGUGCACACGGCCAUGAAUACUGUGAGAUGCUGUUUCAUCUGAGCGGAUGAAAAAUGACCUGAAACUUUGUUAAUCUCGUGACAAAACACACACACACAAACACACACACACACACACACACACACACACACACACACACACACACACACAAACCCAUACUUUUGAGAAUUUCCCUAUGUAUGUAGAGGUUUAAAGAGUGUUUUCAUUGUCAGUGUAACUUUAAC